AUGAAUCUCUGCUCCUUGGUCCACUUUCCAGAUACAGAAAGAGCAGAAUGGCUCAAUAAGACAGUAAAACAGAUGUGGCCUUUUAUCUGCCAAUUUAUUGAGAAACUUUUCCGAGAAACAAUAGAACCAGCUGUGAGAGGAGCAAACCACCACCUUAGUACCUUCAGUUUCACAAAAAUUGAUAUUGGUGACCAGCCAAUUAGAAUAAAUGGUGUAAAAGUGUACACUGAAAAUGUGGAUAAAAGGCAGAUUGUUUUGGAUCUUCAGAUCAGUUUUGUUGGCAAUUGUGAAAUUGAUUUGGUGAUCAAGAGGUACUUCUGCAGAGCUGGUGUAAAAAGCAUACAGAUUCAUGGCACAAUGAGGGUUAUUCUGGAACCAUUGAUUGGGGACAUGCCCUUAAUUGGAGCACUGUCUAUUUUUUUCCUUAGGAAGCCCCUUCUGGAAAUUAACUGGACAGGACUGACUAAUCUGCUGGAUGUUCCAGGACUGAAUGGCUUAUCAGAUACAAUUAUAUUGGAUAUAAUAUCAAACUACCUGGUGCUUCCAAAUCGAAUCACAGUCCCAUUGGUCAGUGAAGUGCAACUUGCUCAGUUGCGGUUCCCUAUACCAAAGGGUGUUGUAAGGAUACACUUUAUUGAAGCUCAGGAUCUGGAAGGGAAAGAUACAUAUUUAAAAGGAAUUGUCAAAGGAAAGUCAGACCCUUAUGGAAUCGUUCGUGUUGGCAACCAGAUCUUCCAAAGCAAGGUCAUCAAAGAAAAUCUGAAUCCAAAAUGGAAUGAAGUUUAUGAGGCUUUAGUGUAUGAACACCCAGGACAGGAGUUGGAGAUUGAGCUCUUUGAUGAAGACCCAGACAAAGAUGAUUUUCUGGGAAGCCUAAUGAUAGAUCUAAUUGAAGUUGAGAAGGAGCGUUUUCUAGACGAGUGGUUCACUCUGGAUGAAGUCUCCAAAGGAAAAUUACAUUUAAAACUGGAGUGGCUCACAUUGAUGUCAACUGCUGAGAAUCUUGACAAGGCGCUCACAAGCGUUAAAGCUGACAAAGACCAAGCCAAUGAUGGGCUUUCUUCUGCACUGCUUAUUUUGUAUUUGGAUUCAGCAAGAAAUCUUCCACAAAAUCCAUUAGAAUUUAACCCUGAUGGCUUGAAGAAGGCUGCUGUUCAGAAAGCCCUAAAGUCAGGAAAAAAAAUAAACAGCAAUCCCAAUCCACUUGUCUUAUUAUCAGUCGGACACAACGCACAGGAAAGUAAGAUUCGAUACAAGACCAAUGAACCUGUAUGGGAGGAACACUUCACUUUCUUUAUCCACAAUCCCAGACGGCAAGAACUUGAAGUAGAGGUCAAGGAUGAACAGCAUCAGUGCUCCUUGGGAAAUUUCAAGCUUCCUCUAACCCAGCUGCUCGAAAGGGAAGAUCUAACUAUGCAUCAGCGGUUCCAUCUGAACAAUUCUGGUCCAAACAGCACUAUAAACAUGAAGAUUGCACUCAGGGUACUUUCUCUUGAAAAGCAGGAGAGAUCUCCAGAUCACCAACACUCAGCCCAAGUAAAGAGGCCUUCUGUUUCCAAAGACACAAGAAAAUCUUCUUUUAAGCCUCAGGUCCCUGUUUCUCCACCAGCUGAUUCAAAUAAGCCUGUCCAAGCUUCCCCAGUGAUUGACAGCGAUAAAAAAACUGAUAUGGGUGAAAAAAGCCGAACUCCUAAUGCCAGUCCCCAGUGGCCAACAGAUCUCAGCCGAAGUUCCUCCAGUCUCCAUGUCUCCAACUUCACCUCUUCUCCCAGCCACUUCUCAGUCAAAGAACCAACUCCAAGUAUAGCCUCAGACAUAUCGCUGCCCAUUGCCACACAGGAACUACGGCAAAGACUACGACAACUUGAAAACGGGACAACUUUGGGACAGUCUCCACUAGGGCAGAUUCAGCUAACAAUUCGUCAUAGCUCACAAAGAAACAAACUAAUGGUGGUGGUACUUUCUUGCAGAAAUCUAAUCGCCUUUUCAGAGGAGGGAUCAGACCCCUAUGUACGAUUGUACUUACUGCCUGAUAAGAGAAGAUCGGGAAGACGAAAAACACAUGUAUCAAAGAAGACAUUAAAUCCAGUGUUCGAUCAAACCUUCGAUUUCAGUGUUUCCUUUCCUGAAGUACAGAGGAGAACACUAGAUGUAGCAGUGAAAAACAGUGGUGGCUUCUUGUCCAAAGACAAAGGGCUGCUUGGCAAGUUAUUGAUACCUCUGGCAUCUGAUGAACUCUCCAAAGGUUGGACAAAAUGGUAUGAUUUGACAGAAGAAGGUACAAGGCCACAUGUUGCACCCUAGGCAUCCAUGGACCCCAGGAUUUCGUCCAGCAGACUUUUGCCAACCUUUAUAUAUUUUAAAAGCAUUGUUCCCACAGAUGUACCAAUAUUAUUUUUAUAGCUUCAUUGAUUUUAGCUAUUAGACACACCUCAGUAGUUUUAAAACACUUGGUCAUUUUAUGUAAACUUAGCCAAUCUUAUUGUUAAACUUUGUAUUUUAAUUUGCUAAACUAUUUUACACGUUACUGUAAUGUGCAAUAGUACAGUAGAGUAACCUCUUGUGUUUAAAUUGAACUUUAUGGCUGUUGUACCUUUCAGAAAGUGAAAGUGGUUGUUCCAUUGUUUACCUGUUUGCUUUGUAUAUCAUCAAGAUAUACUGCAUUGUGUAAAUAUAUACUAUUUUUUUAAUAAUUCUUCCAUGGUGUUUUAAAGUUAGAAGAAAAUUAGAUCAAGGACAUAAAUAUUUUCCUCUAAAUGCAUGCUAAAUUCUUUAGACAAAUGUUUCUUUUUUUUUUGUCCUUUUUUUUUUUUUUUUUGUCCUUGCAGCGAAAUGGUUUUAAGAUAAAUAUUUUGACGGUUUUUCUUUUUCCUUUUUUCUUUUUCUUUUUUUAAAGCCUGAAAGACAUUAUUAAGAUUAGACAGUGCGUUUCUGGCCUAGUAAGGCUAGUAAAAAGAAAAUGUAAAAAACAACAUUUUAAUAUUUAUAUAGAAAUAUGUUAUUGGAAAGUCAUUCUAGAGAAUAUUAUAAACAAAGUUGUUUAGAGCUGAGAAUUCUAUAAAUAUUGUAUAAAAGAAGAUUGUCCUAAAUCAUGAUAUAUAAAUCUGAGUUUUCAUUUGAUGUAGAAAUGAACACUUAUAAACAGUACAAUAUUUUAUUAUGGAGAUUCACUUAUUAAUCCUUUUUGCUAUUUAUUCCCGUAACCCAUAGUACCAGACAUGUGACCUUUUGAAGCUAUGACAAGGACAAUGACCUCCCGUGUUAGAACCUGGUCUCAUAACUAACCACUUGAAGAAGUUUCCUAACUUCAUUGUCAUUACAUUGAUUAAUAAGUCAUAUGAAGUCAUCUGUAAUUCAGGCUCACCAAACAGAUUACUGGUAGUUUUAUUAUACUAAAUACAGUAUAAAGAAGAAUAGAAAAGGGAGAGACUGAAAAAAAAAUCCUGAGUUGAAACUCUUUCUACAGUUGCCUCAAAGGUACCAAAUGCCCGAGGUAACACUCUUACAGAACGCCAUCUUUUAGGUAGAUUCCCUGUGAAAUACUGGCGUUCCAGAGAAACAUUACCAUAGUCUGCUGCAAGAGCAAUGUAAUUCAUGCACCCCAGGCAGAAAGUAGCCAAAUGAGAAAUGCGGCCAGAAUAUCACCAUAACCAGUGAGUUUCCUGCAGUUUAUCAGUUUGUGCCACUACAACCUUAAGGUAAUCACAGGGAGAUUUGUUUGUAUAAAAUUAGUUUUCCAUUUUGUAAGCUUUCUCAGACUGUUAUAAAAAUGUACAUUAUGAAUACAGGAAACCAGACCAGCUCCUUCAGAGCUGCUAGCCUCAUGAUCUUGGGUAAAUAUGCAAUUAGACAUGAGAAGUAUAUUAUUCAGUCAGGAUCUAGAAAAUCUCUCAGCCGAGAAAGAACUUUUAAGUCAGAAUAAUAAUCUCCUGAAAAAAUUAGCUUUAUAAUGACAUUACUGACCGAACCUUAAUUCUAGGUGUAGAAUAUACCUACAUUGCUAGAUAUACCAAAGUGCCUACCAUAGAUGUAUCCUGUUGUCUAUCAAAAUUAUGAAUUAACUAAUUUUAGUUUGAUGUCAGUCUGUUUUGUUUUCACAUGGCAUAUCUGUUACACAUGCGUGCGCGCAUGUGCGCGCACACACACACACACACAUACACCUGCAGACCUGUUUACAGUAGUAGCCUUUUAUAGUGAAGUUGUGUUAUUUUAUAGAAUGGGAAGUGUUGCCUGUAUAUAGACCGCAAGACUGGACUGUGGAGACAGGGGCUCAUUACGCCCAUAAGAAUGUAUGGUAUUUCACAGUUGUCUGGGGUCACUAAGAAAGGCUUCACUCUGUAUCAGGGGUUAUAUAUAAAUAUGUACACACACUCAUCUAUACACAUACAAUGGUCUAUAUUCUGAUGUAUAACUUUCUUUGUGGAAUAGUUAUCUGUUUAAACUUUAAUGGAAAGAGGGACAGAGAAAAUUGCUGUAGAUGUAAAUGAAGGCGUAGGAAGGAAAAUAUGAUGUAAAUAAGUGAAAUAUAAAUCAGUGACGUGUCUUCCGCUUGAGUUCAGCCCCCUGCAAGGAAAGAUUUUUGGAGUAUAUCUAGAUGACAGCAAUGGAUAACUCCAUGACCAGUAACACCAAUGGGUUCAUUCCUUAGCUAAAAUUAAUCUCCUAGCCUUGUUCUCUGUUGUAAGUCUAAGUGUUCAAAGACAAAAAAGCUGCAUAGUUUGCCUUCUAUAUUCCAUAAGGGGAAAAUGCUGUGUUUAUGUAAAAGAUGAGGUGGUAGCGCUGAUAAAUGCGCUGAGUUGAUUAUAGAAUUUGCAAGUCAGACUCUGAGAGUGGCUCAGCACCCCUAAUUAGACAUGAUUCUCAAUGAAGCCAGGAAGAACCUGGCUUCCAUGUAGGUGUCUAACCUGAAGAGGGCAUGCCUUCAACAUAGUUGAGCACAUAAGGCUCCUAUUGCCAGUAGUCCUACUGGGCACUGAGCUCUUUUGAAAAUGUUACUUUGGAUGAAUACAGGGUCAGAUUAAGAACCUGUACUCCACCCACGGUAACAGAAACAAAUCUUGCAGUGUGAUAGUUAGAGUAAGACAUGGCUCCUUCUUAAUGCUGAAGUGGGAGAGGAGGACAUGAAGAUGCAUCAGUUUUCCCUUUGGGCCCAAAAACCUGUCUGAUUAGCAAAUCCAGGUUUGCAUGUCAGCUAAUUAGCUUCAGUGUGGUUUGUUUCUUUAUCCUGUGCCUUAUUUCAUGAACAUGUAAAAGUGUUUAAACCAUUGUUUAAGAAACAAAAUCAAGCCUUGCUAGUUGUAUUUACUGACACUGGAACAGUUUCGAGAAGUGCUCUGCUUUGCUGACAGGAAAACCUGCAUUCGGUUUGUAUAAUCUAUGCUUAGAUCAUCUUGUGUCCCUUGGAUUUGCGUUAAGGGGAUUAAUCUUUUGUUUUGAAUCCUUCAUCAGAGCUGCAGCAACUGGUGAGUUGAAAUGAGAACAAAGGGUAAUCAGUUUUGUAGCAUAUUGCUUUUUUUGCUCAUGUAAUUCUACGUUAUGAUGCAUGUAUUUAUUCAAUAAACAAUUCAUCUG